AUGGUUGACUUAAAAAAAUUAAAAGAUAACCGACGGAAUGCUGUUAAACAUGAAAAACAUCAUGCUAAAAGACAAAAAAUUUUUAUAGAAAAAGAUAAUUAUGCAAGGGAACUACAACCAAUUAACAAGAUCAUUGCAAAUAAUGCGUUAGCUAAAUUCUGUGAAAAUACUAGUUAUGUUUCACUUAAAGAAUUACCUUGUGCAGUUUGUUCUAGAAUGUUUUCAUCUGAACGUUGGACAAAAAUUACUGUAGGAAAGAUAAACCUAUCAUUGCUUAAAGUAAAUAAAGAAUUUAAGAAAUCAUUUUUUGAGAUCAACUAUAUGUAUGAACAUCCAUGUAUUGACAAAAGUGGAUGUAAAAUUUUAUUAGAUAGGAAUAGGUUUAUCAGACGAAGUGAACUUAAUAGUAAAGAUCCAUAUGACCUUCAA